AUGACACAGGCUUACCGCGAAGAGGAGCUCGAGAAGUUCAGACAGGAUGAAGUCUGGGGGAUUUGUUCGACUGAUGCGUUCGGCAUGGGGAUGGACUUACCAGACAUCAAGCUUGUAGUCCAAUGGCGUGCAACAUGCGGUCUGAAUACUUUAUUCCAACGAUUUGGGCGUGCAGCGAGGGGGAAGGGGGAAACCGGUGUUGGAAUCCUUCUGGUUGAUAAGAAAGAUCUGGAUGACGAAAAUGGUCAACGGGGAAGCUCGAAACGUAAGGCGACGAACCAGAAUGGCCCCACACCUAAGCGGCGUGCACUCACCUCCAACGUUGGACAGCAAGCGGCAACGGAGUCUAGAUGCGAGCCGUCAAACGGCGAUCUGAUGGAGGUUGACAUGGCUGAUUCAGUUGACAGCUCACAUGUUACCGCCACACCUAGCAAACUACACACACCGGUGUCGAUGGAUCCCAAUGAGUGUCGAAAGAGGUACCAAAAGCAGGGAGGAAAUCUGGGGGAUCGUUCUGCGGUUGGUAAAGGGAGAUUGGCAAGGGGGAACGACCUGGGAAGUCCGAUGGACGACUACAUCAACGCUCACCUCAGAGGCGUGUGCUGCCAGCGGAUAAUCCCAUCAACAUUCUUCGGCAACGACAGACGCAGUAAGUCCAUUUGCCGCUGGUUAUCCAAGGUUGGAAGUAACUUUAUUCCUAAAAAGGCAAUGACACGCACCUUGCCUGUGACCCCAACGAUAGUGCAGGCUGUCGUCGUUGUUGUCCCCCACCAAAAGGUGAUUGCUGUUUCAUCUGUACCCCGGAGGCAUUCACGCAGUACUCCGUCCUGUACGUGA